GGAAUUUAUUCCAAAUUCAACUAUAUAUUCUGACAGAAAGAAACCCAAAGCAAUUGCAUGUAAUUAAUAAUGGCCGAUGUUAGUAUUCUGCUAAUUAUUUUGAUUUUGCUCUUCCGUACGGGUUCGUUAUCAGUUACUGAUUGCAUCACUUCAUUCGAGUCUACUUUAAGCGAUGGCAUUACUUUGGUUUCUAAAGAAGGAAGAUUUGAGCUUGGCUUCUUCAGUCCAGGUAUUUCGAACUAUCGCUAUUUGGGAAUUUGGUACAAAAACAUCACAGUUCGAACUGUGGUUUGGGUAGCAAACAGAUGCAACCCCAUCAACGACUCAUCUGGCUUGCUAGCCAUAAACAACACAGGAUAUCUCACGCUUUUGGAACAGAAUAAGAGUGUCGUUUGGUCGACAAGUUUAGCCAAACAAGCCAAGAAACCGAAGGUGGAGUUUCUAGAAUCUGGUAAUCUUGUUGUGAGAGAGGAGGAUGACACAAACCCUGCAAACUAUUUGUGGCAAAGUUUUGACUAUCCUUCAGAUACAUUGUUACCAGGGAUGAAAUUGGGAUGGGACUUGAGGACCGGUCUGAAGCGGCGUAUAUCGUCUUGGAAGACAUGGGAUGAUCCUUGCCCUGCAAAUUUCACUUGGGGGGUUGAGUUUUAUAAGCAACUUGAUGUGUUCCCUGAUACAAUUCUUCGGAAAGGGAACGUGGAGUUUUUUCGUUCGGGGCCAUGGAAUGGUGUUAGUUACAGUGGCGGUCCUUCUCUAAAGCCUAAUCAAAUUUUCAACUUCUUAUUCAUAAACAACGAUGAUGAAGUAUAUUACACCUAUGAUCUCAAGAAUAAGUCAGUGAUUUCAAUAAUAGUCAUAAAUGUAACGACUAGUAAAUGGGAUCGAAUGAUAUGGGUGGAAAGCCAGCGAAGAUGGGUGUCAUACUUUACUAAUCCUUCUGAUCUUUGUGAUGAGUACGGCAUGUGUGGAGCCAAUGGGAAUUGUGUCAUAUCUAACAGUCCAAUAUGCCAAUGCCUGAAGGGCUUUAGACCCAAGUCUCAAGAACAAUGGAACUCUGUAUAUUGGCACCAAGGAUGUGUAAGGAAAGUACCACUAAGCUGCAAGAAUAAACAUAAGGAUGGGUUUUUGAAAUUUUCUAGGUUGAGAUUGCCAGAUACUAAACAUACAUGGGUGAACAAAAAUAUGAACUUGAAGGAUUGCAGGGCUACAUGCCUGAACAACUGUUCUUGCGUGGCUUACUCAAACACCGAUAUCAGAGGACGAGGCAGCGGUUGUGCUAUGUGGUUUGAUGAUCUAAUGGAUGUUAGACAAAUCACAGGAGAUGAAGGAGAUGAUGGAUUAGAUCUUUAUAUUCGUAUGCCGGAGUCGGAGUUAGGACAUGACGGCCGAAAGAUGAAUAAAGUAGUUCUGAUUGUUGUGAUUGGAGGUGUAUCUAUGAUGCUCUUUCUUGGCUAUUGCUUUCUCAGAAGGAGAAACAUAAAUGGGAAAUCAUAUAGAAACCAAACAAUAACUGAUCGGAAUGGAAGCGAGGACGAAGAUUUGGAGCUUCCUUUGUUCGAUCUUUCGACAAUUAAUGUUUCAACUGAUUACUUCUCAGUGAGCAAUAAACUUGGAGAAGGUGGUUUUGGUCCUGUUUAUAGAGGCAAGCUAGAAGAUGGUCAAGAAAUUGCUGUGAAAAGAUUAUCAAUGAGUUCGAAACAAGGCCUAAAUGAGUUAAAAAAUGAAGUAAAGCUAAUCGCACAACUUCAGCAUCGAAAUCUUGUAAAACUUCUUGGUUGUUGCAUUCAAGGAGAUGAGAACUUGCUAGUUUAUGAAUACAUGCCCAACAAAAGCCUCGACUCUUUCAUUUUUGAUCAAAAUCAAGGAAAACUACUUGAAUGGUGUAAGCGCUUUCAAAUUAUUUGUGGAAUUGCUCGGGGGCUUGUUUAUCUUCACCAAGAUUCAAGAUUAAGAAUAAUACACAGAGAUCUCAAAGUUAGUAAUAUUUUACUUGACAGUGAGCUAAACCCUAAGAUUUCUGACUUUGGGUUAGCUAGAAUAUUUGGAGGAGAUCAAAUAGAAGAUAGGACGAAGAGAAUAAUUGGAACUUAUGGCUACAUGGCGCCAGAAUAUAUUUCCGAUGGACUAUUUUCUAUAAAAUCUGAUGUUUUUAGCUUCGGUAUAAUGGUGUUAGAAAUUGUAUGCGGAAAGAAAACAAGAGGUUUUCACCAUGAAAACAAAGGCUUUACGCUCAUUGGACAUGCAUGGACGUUGUUCAAAGAUGGCCGCCCAUUAGAAUUAAUUGAUAAGUACUUGAUAUCUUCUUAUGACAACUUUCAUGAAGUGUUACGGUGCAUCCAUAUUAGUCUUCUAUGCGUGCAACAAAAUCCUGUGGAUAGACCAACAAUGUCGUCAGUCGUCUUGAUGUUGGGUAGCCUUAGUGAGCUGCCUCAACCAAAUCCACCAGGCUAUUUCAUGGAGAUAGAUUCGACAAAAAGAGAUCAUUCGGGUAGUAGACCUGAAUUGUCUUCCACAAAUGAUAUGAGCAUAACACUACUUGAGGCUCGAUGAGCUCUAAUGCAGAAUUACAUAACAUGCACCUUCCCAUAUAUUAUGUAGAAAAUGAUAAAUAAUGUUCAUGGCAUGUACAUUUGUUUUUUUAAUCUUCUUUUAGUCCAUGCUUUUAUAAUAAUGUACUUGUGAUGAAGGCAUGUACUCAAUUUUUUUUUAAUUUCUAAAAUAUAGUUUAAAUAAAUAAAUUGUCAUAUCUACUAUAU